AUGUCCUCGUCUCGUCCGGGCAGAGCGAUUCGUAUGGAUGGUGAUAAUCUUGUUCAACAAGCGAAAGAUUUAACACAGGCAAUUGAGGAACUCAUACACGAAAACAAAGACCUUAAAGAGACCUUACAGAAGUUUCAGGAAAACAAACCUCUCCUUACUACUGAUUUAAGGUAAAUCUAAAACGCCAAUCACCCUACACCUCGAUGGAAUCAGCCAGCAUUAGUUCGCCAUAAGAUCAAUUGGACGCAUUCGGAAAUAUCUGUCGCUAGACGGACUUGAAGUGUUAGUUAAUACUCUUGUCAUCUCGCGAGUGGACUAUUGUAAUUGUCUUUUGUACGGCAUUCCUAAAUAUCAAAGAAUAAACUCCAACGAAUCCAGAAUACCGCGGCGCGUCUGGUGAUGGGCCUAAAACGGUCAGAUCAUGUAACGCUUAUAAUAAAGAACUUGCACUGGCUUCCAGUUGAAAAGAGGAUUGAAUUUAAGAUUCUCCUCAUAACGUUUAAGACUAUACAUGGCCAGUCUGCAGACUACCCGAAGCCUUUAAUUGAAAUGUAUCAACCGUCACGAACUUUAAGAUCAGCUUCACGUUCACUACUCUGUCUUCAAAAAGCUAAAACUGAAAACUACGGGUGUAGAGCUUUUUCUUUUGUGGCACCGAAAUUGUGGAACUCCCUGCCGAAGGACAUUAAGAGUGCCAAGACUGUAAUCUGUUUUAAAAACAAGUUGAAAACCCAUCUUUUAGGAAAGCUUCUUUUUAUUUUAGUAAGCAUUAUGGUGAACAUAAUUUGAUAGGGAUUGUGAUUUUAUUUUCUGUUUGUAAAUCAUAGUAAGGCGCAUUGAGCUUUGUAAAUGCGCCAUAUAAGAAUGUAGUUAUUAUUAUUAUUAUUAUUAUUAUUAUUAUUAUUAUCAUCAUCAUCAUCAUUAUUAUGACUUCUUAUGCCUACGAUGACUAGGAAUGUUGCUUACGAAAGCACUACUGCGUUUUUAGCCUUGCAAGAAACAUGUGUCAUCAGCUUCACAAACAUAAUCAGAAUUCUUAGGUUAUCGGAAAGAUUUCUUUUUGUGACAAAAGCCAUACCUUUUUGCCUUAAAUAGUUCACUAGUGGAAUGCGACUUUUGUGCGACGUUCCACAGGUGACCAUAAAUUAAUUAUCCAGAGCCCAGUUGUUCGAAGACCGAUUAGCGCAUAACCCCGGGUUCAUUUUAACCCGGGUUUCUUUUUCUUUUGUUCAAAAGCAUUUCCUCAGAUAAUUUUCUCUGUUAUUUUUAAGAGCAUCUUAUUAUCAACUUGUUGACAAAAAGAAUUAAACUGAAUUUACUUUUAAAGGUUUCAUAUCUGAAUUCAAAGUUCGCACUAACCCUGGGUUAUCUUAAUCCAGUUUUGAACAACCAGGCCCAGAGUGUUAGCCGGCAGAGAUAUGCUGCAGUAUUUUCGCUAUUUGUGAGCUACAAAAAGUGUUUGUUAUUUUUUUUUCUUGAAGAGAACAAGACCAAACACAUAACAUUCACUUUUCCAAGAUGAAGGAACUUUUAACAGAGAAAGAGAGCGAGGUGGAAAGUCUACAGAAAAGGUAACAUAUAUGAAAUGAGUUAAUAACCGGCAAACAUUGUAUAUUCCAUAACAUUUGAACGCUAUUUAGACUGGGGGGGCUUUUGGAGUCCCCCCCCCCCCCCCCCCCCCCCCCCCCCCCCCCCCCACCCCCCCCCACCACACAACACACCGAUUCUGACACAACAAAAAACUAGCAAAAUAUAAUGAUCUUUUCCUUUCUUUACAUUGUGUAAUGUUUUGACGGCAAAAGAGAGCGAGGGGGGUACUCUACAAAAAGAUGGUCCAAUAUAAAAAAUAUUUUUACACGGGUGAACUAGUUUUAUUUCUUAAAAUUGAGCAGAUUUUAACAACGGGGGGGUUUGGGUGACCCCCCCCCCCCCCCCCACGCCCCCGCCGCGCGAAAAGUUACCGUUAAAACCAAUAGCGACUUUUUUAGACAAGAAAUAUCUGGGAACAUUUUAAAGUCGUUGUGACACCUGUUGCCAUGUCAAUCGAGUUUUGACAGAUAUAUUUUUCAUCAUUUUUUUUUCCUAUAAAAAAGAUUAAUAACUAUUUUUACUCAUUAAAAUUUUAACAUCACACUUAACUUAGCAAUAUUUCAUCAAAUUUACAAUAACUGUUAGUGUAACCCAGGCUUUCUUGUGACUGAUUUCUCCCAGAAUUUAACAGUUUGGGGAUCUUUUUUUUUUUGCUUUCUUAAAGGAUCCAUUUAUACAGAGAUCAAUUUUUCUAUCAAGAUUGCCUCGAUAAUUUAUACCGGUUUUGAGUAAAGUAGAAUACAUUCAAUUAUUUCAAAUUGGCGGAUCCAAGAUGGCGGAUGCUUGAAGAUUCCUCUUUAAUGGUAAAUGGUGUCAUCAUGACAUCACUGCUAUUGCUUAAAGUUAUUUUAAAAUGUGUUAGCUAUAACUUCUUGAUUUUGUCAGACACCAUACUUCUAACUAUUUUUCGCUUGGAGGGGAAAACUGAUGAAAUUUGGGUUUUGCAAAUAAAUUUACCAAUAUGACGUAUUAAUGACGUUAAGAUACGUCAUUAUGUCAGGCAAGUUAUGGCGUAAUGUCGGAAACAAUAAGUAAAUUACUCUGUGUAAUUUUGGUGGCAGUAUCAUGAGCGGUUUUGAAGAUAUAGAGUGGUGGAGGGGUUCCCCCCUUCGAUCCUUUGUAGCAAAACAGAAUUAAUCGUCACAACGUUUAAAGUCCCAUUCUUGAUGCAACGCGGUCGUUUCUUUUUGUUUUGAAAACGCGCUUUUGUAAAUGGCGUGCUCUGAUUGGUUAACACUUUUGCCAUGCAAAAGGACAAAAUAGUGAAAGCUAGUCAGCAGUGGUCGCGUCGGAGGUGAGUGUUAAUCCUCAUCUGACAGCUCGCCUACAAAGUCAGUAAAUAGGUAUUAUUUGUCACGAAAGUGUAUGAGUCCAUUAAAAUUUCAGGUUUACCUGAAACAAACGUGAACGGCUCCGUGAGAUGCCGACGUAGUGUGACAAAUUAUGCGCGGGUGCAUUCAAGUUUAUAACAUGUAAGCCGUCGUGAAGUCCAGGAAAUGAUGAAUGAAGAUGAUGGAUGAUACUUUGAACAGGCAAAGUUUAUUCAAUGUAUUCCCAGGGCUACCAAAAGCGUUUGUUAUUUGCAUACUAUACUUGUUCGGGAAAUUUGUUGAAUAUUAUACCUUAGUCUUGAAUUAAAGUUGUAACGAUAAUCGAAUCGAAUCAAAUCAAAAACUUUAUUUCACUUCGAAUUUCAAACGAUAGCAUCAACUAAUGCAAAUAUUUCCGAAGGAAAAGCAAAAACAAAUAGAAAAUAAAUGACAAAGGUAAUUAGAAUAAAGUAAUACUAUAUAUUAUGUGCAAGUUUAAUAUAAUGUAGAAACAAGAAAAGUGUUAUAUACAUUGUGACUACGGUAACUAGUUAUAAUUAAAACUAAUUACAAAAGGAGCAGCAUUUAUUAUAAAAGCUAAUGCUCUUAAUUUUUUAUUUGAAAACAUGUAAUGAUUCAGCAGUUCUAAGUACCUCUGGGAGCAUAUUGCAAUAUUUGCUGGCAGAGUAGCGAAAGGAGUGCAAACCAUAUUUGGUCGAUUGAACUCUGGAAAUACUAAGGGAAUUAAUGUUUACCACGCAAAUUGUAAGUAGAAUUUCUUUCUAUCAGUAGCUCGUUAAUGUAAGUAGGGGCCAGACCGUGAAAAGACUGAUAUACAAGACUUAACAUAUCAUGUAUUCUACGAUUGUGCAGGCUAGGCUGAUUGAUGUUAUUUAGAAGUUUGUCGUAGGAACUAAGAUAUUCAUUAAAAAUAAAACGCAGGCAGCUCUCGUUGAUCCACUCAAGUUUGUCACUGUUUCUUUUGCCACAAUAAUGCCAAAUAAUUGGGCGGUAGGAGAGGCAGGAGAGAAGAAAGACACCAUACAAGUGUUUCUUAUUACAAGUAGAAAUGAGAUCGAUGUUUAUGGCGAAUUAACACUUGCAGUUGCUUACAGACAUUGCGAAUAAUCUCAGACCGUGACAUGUUCGUCGAAAUUGAGGUCACUAUUAAUAGUGACACGCAGAAGGUUCAUUGAAUGACAGAUUUCAAUACUUUUGCCAUCAAGAUAAAGCGAAGAUUACACGCUUCCUCUCCCAACCACAUGGUGCGACAUUUACUAACAUUGAGACUCAUGGCGUUGUUCUCAAACCACUGGGAGGCUGAUACAAGAUCAGCCUGCAUUCUCUGCUGAAUCUCAGUAGCAUCGAAAACAGUUUUAAAAAAUUGUACGUCGUCAGCAUAUGAGCUUACAGAAGAAUGAAAGGAAGUAUACAUAAUGUCAUUCAUGAAAAUGUUAAAAAGCAAAGGCCCCAGAACUGACCCUUGGGGAAUGCCCUUAACAACCAUUAACCAAUCUGAGAAGGUGUCCCCAAUUUUAACCCUCUGAAACCUGUUGGAAAGGUAGCUUGCCAUAAUUAGAACUCUAUCCUCAGAUAGACCAUAGGCCUUAAGCUUAGCUAGUAAAAGCCUAUGUGGGAGACAGCCAAAUGCCUUGGAUAGGUCUAUGCGUACGAUAGAAGCAAUAGCACCAUUAUCACGAGCAAUCCUAAGUUCCUCAACAAUGCGGAUGAGGGAGGUCUGACAGCUAAAAUUUUUCCUGUUGGCAAACAAGUUAGAUGAUAAGAUAUUAUCAAAAAAUUUAUAUAAUUGUUUGGAUAGAAUUCGUUCAAAAAUGUUAUUAAAAAUAACAAGAACAGUUAUAGGCCUAUAAUAAGACUUUAAAUGCUUAAGUUCCUUUUUAAAAAUUGGAGAAACUUGGCCGUAUUUCCAACCAGGUGGAUAGCAAGUUUUGGUGGUAGAUGAAUUAAAAGGGUGCUAAGUGGACCUGAUAAAACACUGAUACCAUCCUUAACGAGCCUAAUAGGUAUAUUGUCAUAGCCGAUGGCUUUUGAUGUAGAAGGUGACUUGACAACCUCUGUGACAGAAUUGGUUUCUUCAAAACAAAAGUUGUUUGAAUGUUGUUUGAAUGUUAUGAAAGCAAACAAGGCCAUUCAGCAGAAAAUUUACCGUGAAAAUUCAUGAUCACGAGAUGAUGGUAACGACGCUUAGAACAAUUAGCAAUUAGUCAAGCUUACAUUUAUUUUUUUGACAGGUUCGUCGCAAACUCGGGUGGAGGUGGUUUGGAACAGUAGCGCGGAUGACAAUUGUUUUGCAAUUGUUUGCAAUAACUGAAUGGAUAGCUCGAGCCAAUAUUCUUCGAACGAAUAGCCUGAGCCGCUCGAACGGAUACCAAAUCUUUAGAAAAGCCUUUCCUUUCGUGUAACACAAAAUUCGCGGGAUCUGUGUUCGUCGCGGCGCCCAAUGCAUCAAGGUUGGCAAUGGGCCUUUAAAAAAUUUUCACCGAUUACAUUUCAAGGUUUACUUAGGAUGAAGGCAUGAUAAGACUAAAAUGUCUUGUUUUAGCGGGAGCAAUAGGCUCCUGGUUUUAGUCGUUUCUAGGUGGCGGUGGUGGAGGGGGAAAAUGGUAUUUUGCCCACAGUUAUUGGUUAUUAGCUAAAAUAAUAACAGUGGGAGGGAGGGCUUCUACAUAUAUUGGACUGUAAAGAAAAUCACCCUACCCCAACCUCCUCCCCCACCUUCAGAUGAGCUAAGAAUUCUCCCUUAUUCGCCCUUUUUUUUUCUACGAACGUUAACUCCCUGUUGAAAUUUAGAGAUUUUUUUUUUAAAUGGGGGUUCCUAAAUACAACCUGCUAAAACUUUAAGCUAUUUCUAAGGCCUACAAAUCAAAGUAAGCGUGUGCAUUUUCCUCUCUCGAACCUUUCUCUUCCAUGUUUUUUUUCCUAGACUGGCUGCCAUGUCAGAGAAGAAAGUUAAUCAGAAUCAACGACUGACUGAGAACACCCUAAGUGACAACCAGCAGUCGGACCUGGAGGCAGAAUACACCCACUUGUUUAAAGACGGAGAACGUGCAGACUUUAUAGAAUUUAUUCAGCGUAAGAGUCAACGAGCAGGACCCCCGUCUGCGACAGAGAACCGUGCUGGAGCGUCCAGGUUGGCCUGCUUUAUUUUUGAGGUACAGAUUUCAAUUCUGUUACCGCGAGUUUUAAGUAAACUGGAAUAUAUUAAAAUAAUUCAAUAUGGCGGAUUCAAGACGGCAGAUGCUUCCAAUUUUUUUUAAGUCAUAAAUGACGUCAUCAUGACAUUAUGAUUAUAUUUUGUUCUAAUUAUCUAACUGAGGGAGUCCAUUCCUUAUAAGCCCGGUGACUUCUCUUGGGUUUCCUCGCCAUGAGAGUUUAAAUGAGUAGAUUUUUUUUUGCUUUGUAUUACUUAUGGCAAACAAAACAACAAACAAUAAACAAUCAUUGCUAUUGUUAAAGGUUAUUUAUAUGUUAGCCACCUUCUUGAUUUUAUUUAACACCUUGCUAUUUAAGUACUUUUCGUUUAAUGGGUACUUUUGAGGGAAUUCCGAUUCUGCCAAUAAAUUCAAUAAUAUGGCGUCAUGAUGACGUCAUAUUACGUCAUUGUGUCAAUCAAGUUAUUCCCAGAAGUUGGAAAUGAUAAGUACAUUUUUCUGUGUAAUUUUGGUGGCCAUAGCUUGAGCGGUUUUGAAGUUAUAGAGGGGGGCCUCUGAAGUCCCCGAUCAGUUGCAGGAAGCGAAAAAAAGCCAGGUCUGAAUAGGGUUGAAUAUAUAACAAUUAUUCACCGAAGUGGAGGUGGCUAGUCCUGGAUAUUUACCGAACUGCGAAGCAGUGAGGUAAAUAUCCAGGACUAGCCACCGACACUGAGGUGAAUAAUUGUUUUAGUAUAUACUAAAACAGUGAGAUCAUUGAGCACAAAAAUGACGAUUUUUAACUCAAAUAGUGUUGCUAACGAUUACAAUUUUGGCGCGUAAUGACCGGGCGGCCGCGGCCGUCGCUUUUUCUUGCCGACAACUAAAACUUUUGAAGGCAUUUGUUUAGCUCUUGCGGGGAAAUUUCUUCAAAAGGAGUUGUGAAUUCUUUUUGUAUUUAAAAUCAUUCUAUAAAAAGAGAUUGUUAAAUUUAGUUUUAAGCCUAUUUAUGAACAACUCAACUAAAUAAAGUAAGCAAGACUUAAGCUUAAUUUGCAUUUGUAAACAAAAAACUUUUUCACCGGUUUUAUCGAUUAAUUCGUGUUAAAAAGACAAAGCUUUACCUGUUAAAACUUCCAAUCCGAACUUCGUCACCUUCUUCGUGUAUUUCAGAAACAGCUUGCUUGAUUAGUUGUGAAAUUUCUUUGUUUGUUUACGGCAGCAAACCGGGAAGGCAUUUUGCUUGCAACUUAAGCGAGUUUGGCGUCGGUCGCUCGGAGGAACUGGAGGUGAAUCAGUGAAUAGUGCAGGAUAUUCACUGAUUGAGUAGCCAAUCAGACCGCGCGAAAAACACUAUCCACUGUUUUAGUAUAUACUAAACAGUAUUAUUCACAACUGUACAUUGCAAACCUCCUUUAUGCAUGGUCCAUGAAGACAUUUACAAUCUGAUUUUAUACGAAUUACAGUAAUACUUUUGUGAAAAGUUUGAUCCCAAAGUCAUUUCAUAAGCAACUGGAGCAUGAUUGUCCGGGUGAGCGCAGCCCUGAGUAGGACGCUGUCAACAACAGUUCUGUUAAGGCCUUCGCUCACCCAGACAAUCAUGCCCCUCAUACUUAAUUAAUACCUUUAUUUGUACCGUAAGUUUGCUACAGUAUUUCUUGUGAUAUCAAUUUGUUAUGUCAAAGUCAAACUUCUUAUAUAAUUAAAAUGUGUACCAUAAGUCAACUGUAACCAACAUAUGUACAUAGGAACUUGCUUGAUUCUGCUUGGCUAAACUGGUUCUUAUCAUUCUGGUUAUCAAAGUGGUAUAUUUCUGCCAGCAGGUUCUUAAACCACUAGGUUCUUACACGUAGGUUUUAAGUGUACUUCUUUUUUGACAACUUGUUUUGGCUUCUGCGAUAAUUUCUUCACUGAUUACAACUUUAGGCCAACUAGCUCGUUUCAGAGUGUUUCGUUUAUCUCGUUAGGUGUCUUAUGAGUGUGCCUUGGCAACAAGAAAAAACUUUGCGAAUGUCUCUUCAUCGUUGCUGAACAGUUUAAUCAACAGAGCCCCUUCGAUUGCAUUUAUCGAUAAGAAAAAGGUUUGUAACACUGAUCACCAUAUUAUGCUUUCAUUUUUUCAAUAUCAAAGUUAACCUCAUCAUAAUCAUCAUCAUCACCAUCAAGUCUCGUCACGCCAGUAAGCGCAAAGGGCCAUGGUUUUAAGAACCACUAUUUAGACAAACCAGAUUAGCCCUCGUGUUUUGGUUGAAUAGGAGUUCCGAGAAGGGCCCUGAGUACCGACUAAGAUUAAAAGUUUUUUUCAUUACAAUUUUCUGUUGUCAGUCUGGACACCACCAAAUGGCGGAAGCGGGGAGGCUAUUCUAGACCCUCUCGCCGGAGCAAAACUUUUCUAGUUGCCGUCCAGCUAGGUGGUAUUAAGAAUUGGCAAGUACAAAGAAACUACUUUAACUUCGAGUCUUUAAGGUGUUUGGUAGGGGGCAGAAAUAUGCUGAUCAAAAGGGGUCCUCAAAGUGGACACUGACGCCUUCAAAAAGACUUCAAGUACACAAACCCGAGUCUAAAUAGCUAGAUUUGAAAUAAAAGCAACUGGCCUCUCAAGAUUUAGGGUAUUGAAAAUUUAUUGCCUACUGGCCCUUUUUAAAAAAGUAUUAUUGUAGUUAUUUUUAACAUUAUUUGUGUAACAAUGUUUUGCUGAUUGUAUUUCAGCCAGUCGGGUUGUUUCCCCCCGAUUCAUCUUCACAACCUGGGUCAAUGCUAGUACAGGAGGCGAUGCGCGAGCUGAUGGUCCAUGUUAAAGAGACAGCAAAAAAUCAUGAUUUGAAAAAGCUCAUUGAAGUAAGUAUCGCAGAAUGAUAAAACUUCUAAAAUUUGAUAUCUUGUUUUCGCCAGCACGACAUUCUCGCUAAAACUCGUAGUAGAGUGACGACGGCUACCACAUUUUCCCGCCAAAAUGACGCUGGUUCACGCGCGCGCACUACUUAGUAUUGAGAAAAUCUCGUACUCGUAGUCGUACCCGUCUUAGAAUCUAAAGGUCUCUUUUAUAGACUCUUGAGACCUCUAUACGUGGAACUAGCGAGUGGCAGAGGUGGCUAUAACUAAGGGUGUGUGGCGUAAACAGUUUGUGCAAUGUUUACUUGUGAGAUUAAGACAAGAGCGCUGCACUUGUCCCACCUACAAAUAAGCCAGCCCGUAAAAUUCAGAAGAUCAAUUAUCCAUUCACAAAUAAUUCAAUUUUCCUUGCAUCAACAGACCGUCAAAAAUGAGGCGCAGAAAAAAUUGAGGGAAGAAGUGCUCCAGUCCAAAGCCAAAAAAACUGGACUCAUCCUGCCACCGCUACCAUCCUAUGAUGAGAAAAGUGGGAAGCUUGCGAAGUACAUGGAUUAUUGUUGUAGGUUCUCCUGGCGCAUGGUCACGCAAGUACCUCCACUAAAACUUAACUACCAGAGUCAGCAAUUUGAUGAAAGGAGUCACGUCCCAGGAUUUGAAAGUGACAAGAAACAAACUUCUUCGUCACAAAUAAAGUGCUUCCUAUGGCCAACACUGUUGGACUGCGAAAAACGAGUUAUUGCCAAGGGAGAAGUCCUAUUGUAA